ACUGACCACACGGCCCACAGCAGCAGGAGCAGCGCCAUGGCAGCCAUCAAGAAGAUGUUGGCGGCAGCGGUGAUGGCCGCAGUGUGCUUGCACGCAAGCGCAGGCGGCCACGGCGGAGGCGGCGGUGGUGGCGGCCACGGCGGAGGCGGUGGUGGAGGCGGCCACGGCGGUGGUGGAUACUUAGGCCCCGGCGGUCACGCGCACUCGUUCGCCUACUUCCACGGCCCCGUGGAGGGCGGUCACCACGAGAUCGUCGUGGACGGAGGCGACGGCGGCGGCGGCGGCGGCGGCGGCGGUCACGGGGGCGGCCACGGUGGUCACGGACACGGCGGACACCACCACACCCACACCGGCGGGAAGUACGUCGACUACGUGGCUCAUCCUCGGUAUGAAUACGCAUACGGUGUAACUGAUGGCCACUCUGGGGACCACCACGGUCAGAAGGAGCACCGCGACGGUGACGAAGUUGUCGGAGAAUACACGAUAAAGGAACCUGGUGGCAAUGUGCGAACUGUCAAGUACUACUCUGACAAGAAGGGUGGCUUCUUCGCCAAGGUCCAGAACAGUGGUGGAAAUGACCACUCCGGAGGUACCUACGGAGGCUACAGCCACGGAGGACAUGGUGGUGGUGGCGGCGGUGGAGGCCACGGAGGCGGCCAUGGUGGUGGUGGCGGCGGCGGUGGCCACGGAGGCGGACACGGACACUACUAGACAAGACUUGGCGACACCACAGCUUCUGCUCAACACACGUUCUCUUUUGUACC